CUGGACGGGAAUCAAAACAGGCCCAACAACAUUCCAUGCCUGAGAUGAGGCCUAUCCUAGUCCAGAGCGUGUCUGGGGGCUGUCUUGGGUGUACCUCGUCUACCUCCUCUGUCGGCUGGCCUCGCCUUCUGGCCUUUCUGCGCGUCUGUCUGCGUGUGGCUUUGUUCCUGGUUGGAUCUUCUUUGGAUCCUUGGGCUGAAUCCUAAUCCAGUGUUUCAUGGUCCAGGCCUGAAUUGAUCUGACCAACAACCAUGACCCCCUGAGCCCAUUAACGCACACCCACCCAUUCAUUUGCCGUCCUGCCAUUUUGGUCGGGGUCAUGUGGCGUCCCAGUGGGUCGAUCUUAGCGCGUGCUCGGGUUACCUGUCCCUCCGCCCAUGCGUGGGUGGGCCCCGGGGCACGGGUGGGCCGGACCCAAUCGGCUCGCUCCUAUUUGCCCAGUUCGUUUUGGUGGGUGUCCAAUGAAAGCGCCUUGGAUCAACAAUACAAGGAUGCCAAAGCGUGGCUCGAAUUCAAGAAGCUGCCCCCGGAUGUGAAUCCCAAUGCCGUGUUUGCCAAUUCCCAACUGGAUCUGAAGGAAAUUGAUGUGUAUGGAUUCGAUUACGAUUACACAUUGGCCUCGUAUCGCACCACCGUGGAAAACUAUAUUCACGACGAAGCCAAGAAAGCCCUCGUCGAAACAUUUAAGUACCCGGAAGUGAUCGGGGACUUGCAAUAUGAGCCUUCGGCCAGUAUUCGCGGUCUUCACUAUGACAUUGAGAAAGGCCUGCUGCUCAAGAUCGAUUCCAUCAAUCAGAUUCAGUUCGGCACAGUUUACCGGGGACGUGAGAAAUUGGAAAACGAGGAAGUCCUGCAGAUCUACAAGCGACGCCGUCUACCUCAGGACUACGUGGACGCUCACCUCAAACCCGGGCAAGCUCGGAAGAUGGUCCAGUUGGUCGAUAUCUUCGCCAAGCCCAUGAUCUGCCUACUCAGCAGCGUUAUUCAAUGGUUCCUGGAUAAUAAAGUCAAGUUCGUGCCCGAGAGUGUUUUCGUGGAUGUGACGGACAGUAUAAAUAUCGCGCAUCCCAAGUUCCAUUUAAACGUUAGUAAGGAUCCUGAGCGGUUUUUGGAAAUCGAUCCCCAUUUGAAACCCUGGCUCACCUCCUUACGGGAUAGUAAUAAGGAGACUUUUCUCAUCACGAACAGUCCGUUUACUUUGGUCAAUGCCGGACUCAUCUACAUGUUCGGCGAGGACUGGCGACAAUUCUUUGAUGUCAUCAUUGUCAAUGCGAAGAAGCCCAGUUUUUUCACCCAUCGACUUCGACAUUUCCGGCGAUUUUUCCCGGAAGAGAAAAUCUUGUCUUGGAAACAAGUCAGCCGACUUGAACGGGGACGCAUCUACUCCAGGGGCAACAUCAAUGAGCUCCAAGAUCUGACUGGAUGGGAAGGCGAUCGCGUUCUAUACUUUGGCGACCAUCCUUACGCGGAUUUGGCGGAUCUGAGUCUCAACCAUGGAUGGCGAACUGGGGCAAUUAUUAAGGAAAUUGAGGAGGAAGUAAGUGUGAUGAAUCUCGAACAAUACAAAUGGGGCAUGAAUUGGGCCACGGUGCUUCAAAUCUUGAUCGACGAGAAUCAAGAUCGCGCUUCUUCCGAUGAUCGGAAGAUCAUACAAGACUGGCAAGCUGAAUUGGAAGACAUCAGGCAAGAGUUGAAGUGCUUGAGCAAUCCGAGCUUCGGUUCAAUAUUCCGCACUCACCAGAACUCAACGUACUUCUCGCGGCGUCUCUUCCGAUUCGCGGAUAUCUACACAUCCAAGAUCACGAAUCUCAAAAACUACUCCCCGACUCACGCUUUUUACCCAAGACGGGGUGCUCUACCUCAUGAAUUCCGAACCUGGUUCAUGUAGUGCGACAUCACCACACGUACAUUCGGUCACCAGAAGGAAGGAAUCGACUCAACUGGAAAUCAACCCAGUCCAAUUUUAGACCAUAUUGAAGCAUAAUCUGACGAUGGAUCAACUAGGUCAACGAGAGCGAAUGUUUGAUGAUCAAUAAUAAAAUACUUAUCACCUAGGAAGCAACAAGAAUCGCUUGGGCUU